UUUUUCAGAUCUCCAUAUAUUACUUAAAUUUAAUUGUUCAUUUUUAUUACAAUACCUUUUAAAAAAUCAUUAUUAAUAUGGAUCUUUAGAAUAAAGAGGAAGCAUGAAGCUGCAUUACAUCCAGCUAAAAAGAAUUCAGAUAAUGCAUAAUACCAGUUGAAUCAAGAUGGUGUAUUUAACUGACAAAAGGAAGGAAGGGGAAAUCUUAUAUUUUUUUCGUGUAGUUUUUUUUUUUUUUUUUCAAACCUCAGCAUUUUUUAAAAUUUAAUUUAUCUAAAAGUAUGAUUUUUUAAAAAAUAUUUUACUUUAUUAAGAGAAAUUAAUUUUAGUUAAAUAAAAUAACCAGGUUUCCAUUUGUUCAGUCCCAUUGGAGCAAUUUUUAUCGUGUUGGGUCUUUUUCCUAAGAUGAGAUGGAAAACAUGAAUCUAUUUAGAGCAUAGUAUGUUUUCAUGAAUCUAUGUUAUAUUUGCUGAUAAAGUAAAGAACUAGAGAAGUCCAAAUAUUGAAGUUAUUUUUGUUAAAAACUAUGUGAUUAUUAAUCUCGAGGAUUCAAUGACCAUCUUUCUACAAAAUACCUCUCAAAAGAACAGGUAUCUGAUCAUGGUUAAAGAGCAUUGAAGAAAAUGAAAAAAAUCCUUAUAUUGGUGUGAAAAUAAUGAAUGAAGGACAAUGAAGUUCAAAAAAUUAUUCAAGUUUGGAACACUAUUUAAAACUCGAGCUGCACUAUUUAUUUAUAUAAUUGUUACACUCUAUUUCAUUGAUUACUUUGGUUUGUUGUUACAUCUUUUAGAAGUUGAUUAUAAUGAAUUUUCCUUUCCAUUAGACAUUAAUAUGGAGGAAGUUUUAUUAGCUUUGAAGAACCAUGAAAAGAUUCCAUAUAAACCUGUUAAUGAAUUUAAUUAUCCUUAUAGAAUAAGCAAUAAAAAAAAAUGUGUAAAUGAUAAUGAUGGUAAUUUUGAAAAGGUAGUCAUUUUAUAUGUUAUCAAAUCAGCUUUGUGUAAUCAAAACAGAAGAGAUGCCAUCCGCAAAUCAUGGGGAUGGGAAAAUCGAUUUUCUGAUGUUAAUAUUAAAAGAAUAUUUGUGUUAGGCAUUGGUUCUGAUAUUGACUUACAAAAUAAAAUAGAUGAAGAAUAUGCAAGAAAUAAAGAUAUGGUUCAAGCUGAUUUUAUUGAUAGAUAUUACAAUAACACCAUAAAAACAAUGAUGGGCUUUAAAUGGGUUGUUCAGAAUUGUCCUAAAGCUCAAUUUAUUAUGUUUGUUGAUGAUGAUAUGUAUGUAUCUACCAAAAAUUUAUUGAAAUUCAUUCGAAAUCCUUUUAACAAAAGAGUUGGGUUUAGAAAGAAACGAGAUAUGAGUCAAAGUCUUUCUAAUAAACAUAAGGUUAACUUUUAUUCCAAAGAGAAUUUUUCUGAAACUCUAAGAAAGAAUGGAAGUUCUAAUAUUCGAAAACUUUCGGAAUUUGAUCCAGUUUUAAGUGCAUUUGAUGGUCGACUUCUUGCUGGAUAUGUAUUUUUUUCAUCUCCCAUGAGACAUAAAUCAAGUAAAUGGUAUAUAUCGCUGGCUGAAUAUCCAUUUUCAAAAUAUCCACCUUAUGUUACUGCUGGAGCUUAUGUAGUAUCUUAUCCUGCUUUGGAAGAUCUGUUCUAUACCAGUAUGUUUACUCAACAUUUUAAGUUUGAUGAUGUGUAUUUGGGCAUAGUUGCAAAGAAAUGUGGAAUUUCUCCGUUUCAUAAUGAACAUUUUUAUUUUUGGAGAAAACCGUAUAGCAAAGAAGGGUACAGUAAUGUCAUUGCAUCUCAUGGUUUUGAAGAUCCUGAUGAAUUGAAGAAAAUUUGGGAAGAACAAAGAAGUCUAGGCCAUGCAUAAUUUUUUACUCAUUCCCUGGAAGAAAUUGGGGUCUGCCCUGUUUGGUUAUCAAGUAUUUGUUCUCAAUUUGUCGAUGUCAUUAAACCCUUCUCUAUACAUAUAUGCUAUUAUUUCUUCUGGGAUUGAAUGUUGAUUAUUGCUAGUAAUUUGGAGCAAAGUCUCAUUCAUCCAAACUCUUAAAUGUUAGAAUUUUCCUCUUCAUUAACUUGUGAUUUGAUUGGAACUAUAGAAUUUUGAUUUUACUCAUGUAAUUUGUAUAGCUUCAAUUUUUCUGCUUACUUUGUUGGUAGUAAUGAAAUGCAAUUUUGAUCAUCUUGGGAUUUAGUGUUCUAAUUUGGAUAGAGAUGAAAGCAUCACAAUGGAUAGGGAUGAAAAAUUUACUGCAGAAUUUACCGUAUAAAAUGUGAUAACACUCUAAUUGAUUGCAUGACAAGUUUUUCUGGUAGCAUUUUAUAGCAUCUGCAUUAUCUAAUUGUAAUAUUUUGACAAAUGUAAUGAUUAUUUGUAGCAUUUCUAUUUGAGAAGGAUAAUUAAUCUUUGAAUUUGCAUAAAUCUGCAACAUGUUGGUUUGUUUUCUUCAAACAUAUUGAAACAGUAUUGAUUUUUUUUCAUCUUUAAAUGAAAAUUUUAAUAGAUAAUAUGAUGAAUGUAAUAAUGAAUUUUGUACUGAUCUUAAUAAAUAGUGAUUCAAUGACUUUUAUGUAUUUCAUUUAAAUCUUAUUAAGUAUAUUGUAAAUUUUGUUAGAGAUUGAUGGUUAUUUGCUUUUUUAUUUAAUUUUCAAUGUACCAGCUUCAACAUUUCAUGUAAAUAUUAAUCAUGUGCAACAAAUUUUUUCCAUUAACUAGUCAUAAAAUAUUUAAUGAAAGUAAUUAUGGAUUGUGUGCCCAGACCAAGAUAUUUAUUACUUUAAAUGUUAUGUAUUGAAUUUGUUGUGUUUAUUUGUAAUACUAUACUCAGAAAUUUUGCAGAAAUUUUAGUCAAUC